CUUAGUUUGAAACAACAUCCUCUUCAGUGUUUAUAUUUUCCCAUUAAAGAUGUGGAGCGUUCAAGACCUGCUGUUCAUCCUCUGCAUUGUUCUCAGUUAUGUGACCAGAGCAGCAGGAGUGAUCCAUGUGUUUGGAUAUGUGGGCAGAGAUGUUGACGUUUCCUGCUCCUAUGGUCAGGGUUAUGAGUCUCAUGAGAAGUACCUGUGCAAGAACGACUGUGGCGACAGUGAUGUUCUUAUUAUGACACCAGAAACAAAGAAGAACAAAUACUCCAUCUAUGAUGACAAAGAGAAACGAAGCUUCACAGUGACCAUCUCUGAUCUUCAGUCUGUGGACGCUGGGAAAUACUGGUGUGGGGUGACAAUGUUUUUCAAAGAUAUCUACACUGAAGUGAAGCUGGAACUAGAACAAGAUCACUGCUGCAACAAUGUGGAUAAAAUUCAAAGUAAUGAAAGUGAUUCAGUGUCCAUCAUUUGUCCAUAUGAGUUGAAGUACCAGAACAAUCUGAAGUUCAUCUGCAGAGGAAACCAGCCCUCCACAUGUCUGCAGCAGGCAGUCAUCACCUCUGACAGCAAACAAAAUGGACGCUUCACACUCACUGAGGACAAGGAGUCAAGAAGAUUCACAGUGAACAUUAACAAGCUGACCCAAGAGGAUUCUGGGUGGUAUCUUUGUGGUGUCCAUAGAAACACUGGACUGGAUGUUUUCUCUGCUGUUGAGCUGGAGGUCGAAGUAUGCGUCUCUCUGAAUGUCAAGGAAUACAACCCAGUUAGCUCAACGUCAAACUUUACUGUUGUUUUUUCAAAAUAUUUCACACAGUGUAGUUUGAACAACUUCUUCUUCGGUUUUUAUAUUUUCCUAUUAAAGAUGUGGAGCGUUCAAGACCUGUUGUCCAUCCUCUGCAUUGUUCUCAGUUAUGUGACCAGAGCAGCAGGACUGAUCCGUGUGUUUGGAUAUGUGGGCAGAGAUGUUGACGUUUCCUGCUCCUAUGGUCGGGGUUAUGAGUCUUAUGAGAAGUACCUGUGCAAGAACGACUGUGGCGACAGUGAUGUUCUUAUCACGACAUCAGAAACAAAGAAGAACAAAUACUUCAUCUAUGAUGACAAAGAGAAACGAAGCUUCACAGUGACCAUCUCUGAUCUUCAGUCUGUGGAUGCUGGGAAAUACUGGUGUGGGGUGACGAGGACUGGAAAAGAUAUCUACACUGAAGUAAAACUGGAACUGAAACAAGAUCACUGCUGCGACAAUGUGGAUAAAAUUCAAAGCCAUGAAAGAGAUUCAGUGUCCAUCAUUUGUCCGUAUGAGUUGAAGUACCAGAACAACCUGAAGUUCAUCUGCAGAGGAAACCAGCCCUCCACAUGUCUGCAGCAGGCAGUCAUCAUCUCUGACAGCAAACAAAAUGGACGCUUCACACUCUCUGAGGACAAGGAGUCAAGAAGAUUCACAGUGAACAUUAACAACCUGACCCAAGAGGAUUCUGGGUGGUAUCUUUGUGGUGUCCAUAGAAACACUGGACUGGAUGUUUUCUCUGCUGUUGAGCUGGAGGUCAAAGUGUGGUGUUGUGUGAAGACACUUGCUAUGAAUGGUACUGUGACACGUCCAGUCACUCUGCAGUGUCCUUAUCCACCACAUCACCAGAAUAACAGGAAGUUCCUCUGUAAGGGAGACCACCGCAACAACUGCACAGACGUGUUGUCCAAUGGAAGCAGGUUCACGCUGCAAGAUGAUGUUUCUCUCAGCUCUUUCUCUGUGAUGAUCACAAACCUGGAAGCAGGUGAUGCUGGGAUGUACUGGUGUGGUUCAGACUCACAGUGGAGAGCUGGAAACUACACCAGGAUUCAACUGUCAGUGGGCGGAGCUCUCUAUGUGGUUGCCAUUGUACCUGCUGUGCUGCUCAUACUAAUAGUGGCUCUGAUCAUAGUUUAUAAGCAGAAAUGUCACAAAGUACAAGACACUGGAGUGGGCAUCACCAGACACUGUGCGGCAGCAGGAGAACCCAAAGGUUCAGAAGAGAUUUAUGCCAAUGAAGAAACUGUCGGGUUCUCAAAGCAGACGGCCUCUAAACUGCAGGGCGCUUGUAACGUCUACGGCAACGCAGAUGACGACCAACCAGACUACGAAAACUUCACAGCAACAGAAGAAAUCUACUGUAAUGAAAGUUUCCAUCUGUCUAAUCACAAGUGAAUAUUGAGAUGUAGUUAUUAUGUAUAAUGUAUAUUCAUGGCUUUUUCUCAGUUACACAUUUGCUAAUGCCUAGUGUUUAGUGUCGUGUUUAGUGCUGAUAAUACUAUCUACACUCCCUGUUUUAAAUUCUGGGCACUUUACCAUUACUCAAAAUAUAAGUGACCUUCUUGUAUAUAAAGUGAAUAACUGAUACAA